AUGGAUCAGUGCGUGACGGUGGAGCGCGAGCUGGAGAAGGUGCUGCACAAGUUCUCGGGCUACGGGCAGCUGUGCGAGCGCGGCCUGGAGGAGCUCAUCGACUACACGGGCGGCCUCAAGCACGAGAUCCUGCAGAGCCACGGUCAAGAUACGGAACUAUCAGGGACACUUUCACUGGUUUUGACACAAUGCUGUAAAAGAAUAAAGGACACUGUUCAAAAAUUGGCCUCAGACCACAAAGACAUUCACAGCAGUGUUUCUCGGGUUGGAAAAGCCAUUGAUAAGAAUUUUGAUUCCGACAUUAGCAGUGUGGGGAUCGAUGGCUGCUGGCAGGCAGACAGCCAACGACUGCUCAAUGAGGUGAUGGUGGAGCACUUCUUUCGACAAGGGAUGCUGGAUGUGGCUGAGGAGCUUUGCCAGGAAUCUGGUCUUUCUGUAGACCCAAGUCAGAAAGAACCAUUUGUGGAGCUAAAUCGAAUCUUAGAAGCAUUAAAAGUUAGAGUUCUGAGACCUGCACUAGAAUGGGCAGUAUCAAACCGAGAAAUGCUCAUAGCCCAGAACAGCUCCUUGGAAUUUAAGCUACACAGGCUGUAUUUUAUUAGCUUGCUAAUGGGGGGAACUACAAAUCAGCGAGAGGCAUUACAAUAUGCUAAAAAUUUUCAGCCAUUUGCCCUCAAUCAUCAAAAAGACAUUCAGGUUUUGAUGGGAAGUCUUGUAUACCUGAGGCAAGGGAUUGAGAACUCACCUUAUGUUCACCUGCUUGAUGCAAACCAGUGGGCGGACAUCUGUGACAUCUUUACACGGGAUGCCUGUGCCCUACUAGGGCUCUCUGUGGAGUCCCCUCUCAGUGUCAGUUUCUCAGCAGGGUGUGUGGCGCUGCCAGCUUUAAUUAAUAUCAAAGCUGUGAUCGAACAGAGGCAGUGCACUGGAGUUUGGAACCAGAAAGAUGAAUUACCUAUUGAAGUGGACCUUGGUAAAAAAUGUUGGUAUCAUUCAAUAUUUGCUUGUCCCAUCCUCCGUCAACAAACAACAGAUAACAAUCCACCCAUGAAAUUGGUCUGUGGUCAUAUUAUAUCAAGAGAUGCCCUGAAUAAAAUGUUUAAUGGAAGCAAAUUAAAGUGUCCAUAUUGUCCAAUGGAACAAAGUCCAGGAGAUGCCAAACAGAUAUUUUUCUGAAGAAAUAACUAUAGUUUGCAAUUUGUAAGUGAAACUGAAUUGUGAGCGCAUAUCAGAAGAGAAUGUUCCAUUUAAUGCAGCUAAUCAAGGACUCCCGUGUUUAUAUAAGCUAAUGCUCUGGAAACUUUGCCAACAUUUUAGUAUACAUACACUGAGGGGAGUGCUCCAGAUGAUGAUUAUUAUAGGGCUUUAUUAUAUUCUUGGUCUUCAUUUCUGAUCAAGUAAAUACACCAGCAGUUGUCAUUCAAUGCAGGUUUUUGUACUUAAUUAUAUGGUAAUUUUUUUUUUUUUACUUUUUAAGAGCCGAAACAGAAAUUGAUAACCCCUGCCCAAUGUGGUUAAUAUUUCUCUAGCUUUUACUUUUGUCCUUUUUCUUGGUAAUUGUAUGCUUUGAGAAUAUUUGUGUAAAAGUUUUCUUUCCCGUUAUGUAUGCAUAAUUAAAUGGAAGUUCUUCAAAAUAAGCUUGAUAAAAUGGAAUUGUGAUUAUAAAACUAAUUUGCAUUUUUCCUUUGCUUAAGGAAGAAAGCUGUGCUAGAUUCCAAAUUUGCUUUUUGGUGUUUUCCUCUGCUCCAGCUCACUGAGGAGUCAGCACCACCUGCUCAUGUGCUCCCUUUGUAGCCCCAGUGGGCGACCUGGUUCAGACCUCCUCAUGCAAUUGGCAGGCUGGUACGACAAGUCUUCCGCUAGAACAGAGUGGAAUGAAUACUGCUUCUUUGCUUUUAUUGCCAAGAGGUGCUCGUUUUAAAAGUGUGUUCAAUAAAAUGAAAUUCUGAAGUUAGAAGUGUUCUUAUGUUGCUAUUUGCUCUCUUGGUCUUGGCAGCACCAUUCCCUGAAAUUUGCCUCCAGGACUUGGCUGUCCCUGGCAUUUGUAGAUCAUUGAAGACACAAGUGUUGUGUGUGUGCGCGUGUGUCAAGGUGCCCAGCAUCAAACAUCGUGUAUCUGGAAGGGAAGAAGCAUGUUCCAGCCCUAAAAUGCAGUUUACCAAUCUCAUCACUUUUAACCCUUAAUGUUUGAAGCUUAGCCAAUUUUCUGUAGUGCAGUCUAUUUAUGCUGUUUCGGUAUUUGACUAGUAGCCUGUUGAAUUUUUUUUUUUUCAGUAUGCUGUUGAAUUUAACGCCUCUCUUUUGCAAAGUGUAUCAUCUCUGACUGAAAUCUGUAUAUUGUUUUCAUGAAUAACAGAUCAUGAUCUUUUUUUUCUCAUGAGUCACCAUCUUUUAAAGCACUGCCCAGAAAUAGCCAUGUGUCAGACUUAGUAAGAGGCUUUCUCUGUGUGCAGAACUACAUGGGAAAGACUUCUGGGGACAUAAUGUUGACCUAAAGCCGUGAGGCUCCUUCAUUCUGAGAGGACUGUUCCAUGGAAAUCACCAAAUGUUUUGAGACUUUCUUUCAUCGGACUUCGAGUGAAGCACCCACAUAGGAAAGCUUUCUGAGAAAAUGAAAGACGACACAAGCUAAGAAGUUGACGCUUCCUACUUUAAACUACAGAUUGACUUCAUUUGAGGGACGGAGAAUAACAGAUUUGGUGCUAAGUUCUUUGGAAACUGGCAGCAUUUGUAAGUUUCCCAGCCUGGAUCGCUUAUCCUAAAUUGUUUACUUGGGAGAGUUGGGAUGCUUUUGUGAGAGAGAAGGUACUGCAGAGACAGCACUGCUUGCUAACGGUGGCCAGGCUGUAGUGGAGCACUACUGUGCUGUGUGCGUGAGCCAGGGAUUGGUUCGUGACUGGCCAGCUCCCGGUGCUUGGCUUUGGCCAGCCUCAUUCUGACCACACUGCAACUUUUGGCCCCAUAUUUCUGCCUCAGUGUUCCAAAGUGAGCUUCUCUAAAGAUUGCUUUCUCUGCACAAAGACAGCAGCUGGAGAGAGCAGAGAAACUCCUAGGUCUGUGAAAGAUAGGUAAAGAAUCCAGGUAAUAUUCUGGUUGGUUGUAUAAAAUCUGGUUUAUUAUAUACACGUAUAUAUAGGUAUAUCCUGCCCCUCCCUUUGGGUUAAAACUCAGACUUUCAUCCUUUUUUAUCUUUCUCUCCCUGCACUAAAUUUAGCUUUAUUCUCAUCGCCUCAAACACACCACAUUUAGCUUUGACAUUAGGUGAGCAAUCCAGCCCUUGCUCUGGACAGAAGCUAGUGGUGAAUAUUUUGGGGGCCAGACAUAAUGCACAGCUCGCUCAGGUCACUUCCAAAGACAAAGCCAGAGCUGCUUGGUCCCCUCUCCCUAGGUUGGGAAUCCUGUGGGCAAGUUUUUUCCAUAGCUCAUGAAACAUGCUUUAACGAAGCGUGUGAUUUUAUAGCUUCCUCUACAAGAUUCCUAUUGUCCAACGAGAGAGAGGGCUGAAAAUGGAAAUUCUGUUGACCUGACAAAUGAUGUCAUUUUUACCUCCUUUAAGUACAUGAACUUAAAGUUCCUUGGAGACUAAGCAUGGAGAGAUGCAUUUGAAGAGGCCAGACCCUAACCAAAGAUGCUGGAAUACAAUGCUCUGCCUUUCCUGCUGUAGACAUACCUGCACAGAAUGGUGUUAGGAAUGGGUCAUCACUGAUGCGACUUCAGCCAUGCAGCAGGGGUUGCUAUGUAUUUCCCUGUGCCUCCACUUGGAAGAGGUCCAUGAGCUUUCAAGGUUUUUUACAGUCAAUUGAUUUUAACAGUGUACGUUGGAAACAAUUUCAGGAUGGUUUCUUAUACUUCUUUGGGAACCAUUUUUUGUAUCAGUUGUGAACAAAGGCCACAGCACUAUGUGAAACUGUAAAAAACUAUUGUCAAAUCCUUAGAGUCUAGCUUGCCCCAAACAUCUGCAUUUUCAAGUACAACCUCAGUCCAACAGGGCUAAAGUCUUUUCAAAUUUUUUCUCUGCGUAGUUAUCACAGAUGCCAUUUCUAUUGUUUUAGUGGUAAUUAUAUGAAAUCUCUAUUCAUAAAUGAACGGGUAUCGGUGCCUCUUAAUUUAAAAAAAUGUUAAAGAGCCACCUCAUAUUCAUAGGAUGUGUGUGUAUUUUUCGAGUGUGCGCAUUUAAUUGAGAAUAAGGAAGUUAUGAGGUGUAAAUCUUUGAUUUUUUUCUCUAGCAGCUAAUGUGUACAGACACUAACCCCCACACUGAAUUGUGGGGCAAGAGGAUCCUUUUUCGCUCCAAGUGGUCCCUUGGGCGACAGUGUAAGUUCAGCAUUCUUUAGGCCGUCAGUUCUUUCCCCCACAGUGUUUCAGCCUUGGCGACAAGUGGACAUAGCAAAAACCAAGAGAGCUUGGUUAUCCGCACAAGACAAACUGCUGGCAGGCUUCAUUAGCCUUCUGGUUUUCCAGCUCAACCUCUGAUUAAGUGGAUUGACCGCCAAACUGGUCAGUCCCUUUAGUCAGCUGACUCAGGUUAUUUUCAGGGAAGGCGCAGAGGCAUGGUUUGGUUAGAUUCAUCACUAGGAUGUGUAAGAUGCAAACACCAACCAAACACCUUUCAUUAUUUAACUCUGUGUACGUUCUCUUGGGUAACACUAGAGUACCGUGGUCUCAGAAUGUUAGCAAGGGACACACAGAAGGUUUGUACUCCGUAAACCUGCCCGGCUGUGGCACGUUUUACAUGGUACUAUUAUAGUGUUUACCCUAAACAGGUACAAGCUUCAUGAACUCUUCUUACUGAACUAUAAUUGAGUAGAUACCAAAAAUAGGCAGAAUAACAAGUGUGUUUUAAGAGCAAAUGAGUUGCAAUUAGUGUUAGGGUGAUUUUACUCCCAAGACAUAGGAAGAGAAACGAAGUUUUGUUCUCAAGACAUUUCACCAUACAGUUCUAGGCUGUGGUGGGCAUAUGCCUCGGUCACUUCCAGAGAGGGGAAAGCAGCUGGACCUGGCUUAGAGCACAUGCUUUUUUCGUGUUGUGGGCGAGCUGCCUACACACUUCCCUUAGGGUCAUUUACUGUUCUCCAGCCAGGCAGGUGUGAGGCUCACUAGGAUUUAGUGCCUGAUAUCUUUUCUUUUGGGAAGGGGUGGGACUGAAUGAAUGGGGAUGGAUGGAUGGGAAGCAGGAAGAGAAAGUGGGAGCAGGUGUGCGUGCGUGCAUGUCUGAAAUUCACCAGGCCCCGGGCCGUGUCGAGAGGACCAGGUAUGCGGUGUAUUUUGCUCAUGACUGCCGUGUGCAUGUUGUUCUGUUUUGUUUUUGUUUUCCCCUCUGUAUUUUCUAAACGUACUCUAAAAGGAUUCAUCAACUCAUCUUGUUCAGAUGGCUCAGGAUUGUAUUUCUUUUUGCUUACCCUGUGUUCUUGGGUUCUAUAGUAUUUCUCUAAUGUAUCAAGAAUAGUGUUGCACUGUUAUCUAUCAUAUAGAGCUAUAUGUAUGGAAAAUUUUGAUCAGUUUUUUUAAAGUGUAUUCUGUUUGCAAAGGCACAAUAAAGUUGCAUUGUAGAGACUAUAGGCAAUAAAGCUAACAAUAAACCUUAUUUAACACAAA